CAAAUAUAAGAUUGAAUCUUCAUCUGAUUUUCUAAGAUUUUCUUUUAAAUUAAAAUGUUGCCAUCGACUUUAGCCAGUUUUGAAGCAAAUAAGGAAAUUCAAAUCUUUCGUGAAUACCUAAGGAUACCAUCAGUGCUUCCUAAUGUGAAUUAUACCGAAUGUGUGGCUUUUCUUAAGCGUCAGGCUGCUAGCAUAAAUCUGGCCGUAGAUGUUGUAUAUCCUGCAAAGCAAACAAAGCCGGUGGUAAUCAUGAAAUGGCUGGGCAGCCAACCUGAGCUGCCUUCUAUACUUCUAAACUCGCAUAUGGAUGUAGUGCCCGUGUUUCGAGAGAAAUGGACACAAGAUCCAUUUGGUGCCCAUUUGGAUAGUGAGGGUAGAAUCUUUGCCCGAGGAUCACAGGACAUGAAAUGCGUGGGCACUCAGUAUUUGGCGGCUAUUCGUGCUCUUAAGGCAAAUGGCUAUCGACCAAAGCGAACUGUCUACCUAUCCUAUGUUCCCGAUGAGGAAAUUGGCGGUGUGGAUGGCAUGAAAGCCUUUGUAAAGUGCGAGUACUUUCAAAAAAUGAAUGUGGGCUUUAGCAUGGACGAAGGUGUGGGCAGUACGAAUGAUACAAUCAGUCUAUUCUAUGGCGAGCGAACCCUUUGGCAUCUCACAUUUAGAUCUAAUGGCACUGCUGGACACGGUUCGCUUUUGCUCAACAAUACGGCUGGUGUGAAAUUACAUUAUGUAAUUAAUAAAAUGAUGGAAUUUCGGGCCACUCAAUUGAAUCGCUUGAAUGAGACGAAAACUUAUAGCAUUGGCGAUGUGACCACUGUCAAUCUAACUGGCUUGAGUGGCGGUGUCCAGAGUAAUGUGAUUCCACCAGUUUUUGAAGCCAAUUUCGAUAUACGUCUGGCUACCACAGUGAAUGUAGAAGCUUUUGAAGAGAAACUUCGUCGAUGGUGCACUGAAGCGGGCGGUGACAUUGAAUUGAUCUUCACACAAAAGAAUCCACAUAUAAAACCCACCAAGUUAGAUGAAUCGAAUCCAUUUUGGGUGGCCUAUAAAGCUGUACUGGAUAAAUUAGACUUAAAAGUGAUGCCCCUUGUGUGUCCCGGAGCCACUGACAGCCGAUUUAUUCGAGAGUUGGGAAUACCUGCAAUUGGAUUUUCGCCAAUUAUAAACACGCCCAUUUUGUUGCACGAUCACGAUGAAUAUUUGAGAGCAGAUAACUAUCUCGAGGGUAUUAAGAUUUUUGAGAAAUUGAUUUCAAGCGUUGCCAAUGUUUAAAUAUAUCCACUAACCUUUGAAA